AUGCUCCGGCACUAUCGGUCUCACAAGUCAGGCUCGACAUCUGGUAUCCUGCCUCCCUUUGGCAGCAUCAUUGGUGACGCGGACCAGUUGUCUUCCCCUGCCUACAUCUCUUCUCCACCCGUCGCCUUCUCCAGCAUGAGUGGUACUGCGCCUCGUGGAUCGCCGGCCUACUAUUGGAACGAUAGCGACUGUGAGGAUGUUUCUGAGAGCUACAUCGCCAACGACGACGACGACUCCGCCCCGGAAGAAGUAAAUGGCUCGUCCACCAGAGCGAGAGUUGGCUCGUGCACAUUGUACGGCGUGGGGAAAGAGCUCUGCAGGUUCUAA